UCCAUCUUCAAGGUCCGAGAUGUGGGCAAGACUUUGGUCAAUCGAACUCAGGGCACUAGGAUCGCUUCGGACGGUUUGAAGGGCCGCGUGUACGAGGUCUCGUUGGCGGAUUUGCAAAACGAGCAUGACGCUGAGCGCUCCUACCGCAAGUUCAGCCUCAUUUGCGAGGAGGUCCAGGGCAAGAAUUGUCUGACCACGUUCCACUCGUCCACCCUCACCACCGACAAGUUGAGGUCUAUGGUGAAGAAGUGGCAGACCCUGAUCGAGGCCCAUAUCGAUGUCAAGACCACCGAUGGCUACUUGCUGCGUCUGUUCUGCAUUGGGUUCACUCAAAGGCAGAGCCAGCAACGAUCCAAGACUUGCUAUGCCCAAUCCCAAAAGGUAAGCUAUGAUUGGGGGAAUUUAUCCACGAGAGGUUGGUGGUGAAAUG